UCUCUAAUGUCAUUGAUAAACCUUCAUUCGUUUUUUUUUCCUCUGCUUUUCAUCCACAGAGACUCUUUCUCUUCGUCCAAGCUCACGCGCUGCACCAGGCGCGUGCAGUGGUUCUUAACUGCUUCCCUUUGAGAAGCGCCAGAAGCGUAACAGCCCCGGGAACUACCAGAAAUCUCUGCCUGCAGCCAGCACCAUUGGAUCUCGCGCGAUGGAGAGGUCUCCGAGCCCCAAGUCAAUGCGCAGGGCGUCGUCUCCACCGCCGGCAUCGCAGCAGACUCCGCCGCAGAGCCCGCUCCGCAAGACGGCCAGCUCGCCCUCGUUCUGCUUCCUGCCGUGCUCGCUGUCCGAGCUGCUGCUGCAGCAGUCACCGCAGUCGACACCCACGCCGCCCAGGCGCUGCGAGACCGAGGCCCACGUCGCGGGAGUCAAGAAGCAGACGGCGAUGGCAGGCGACUCCGUGCCCCAGCUUCCUUUUCAAGACUACACUUCAGGACGCUGGGAGCCGAACCUGUGGUCGCGCAGCACGCAGACCGACUUGGCCACCGAGAGCAGCACGCAAACGGAACCACUGGCCAUCUCCACCAACGGCGCGCGGCUUCAUGAGGACGCCUUCCGGUGGAAGCUGUCCUCUCACUGGACCCCGACGCAGUUUGUCGUCACGGUGGCGGUCCUCGGCGCCUUCGUCUUCGUCUUGGUCGUCGUCGCGACCGUCUUCGGAGCAGCGAACGCGAGCCCGAAAAUGGAUGGCUUCGAGCUCCUGCCCGACUUGUUCGAGAACGAACCAUCCGUGUCGGCUGCGCAUGAGCCCCCCGUGCACAUCACCGCUCCAGCUGCCGCACGUGCCGCGACUACUCCCACGGUGGUAAGGAACAGGGCUGCGACAGAACUUCACGGUUCCCGUAAAGCGCCCGCCAAGGUGCGCAAGGCGACCAAGGCUUGGCACCGGCGUCCCGCAGCGAGUGAAGACUCACGCGGCCCAACCUUCGCGCCGAGGAAACUGCCGACUACCGCAGGCACCGGACGGCGGGCGUGGACCCCGUCACCAACCAUAGGCAGUGGCCGGGGUGUGCGGAUUAUCGGCAGCCAUGACUACGCCACGCGCAAGGACCACCUGCAGGAGGUGACUGGAGAGCUCGGCAUGCCAUCACCUAUCAUCGAGACACACGAAGACAACGAGAUAUCCGGGGAGGCGGACGAUUAUGGAGCUUCUCCCAAGAUGCGCAAGUCCCGAGCGCCGUCCGCAACGCCAGCCGGCGACUUCGUGGAAGAGAUUGUCUAGCGCGAGUGCGCUGAAACAACUGCGCACGACCGUCAACGAGGAGGAAGAGCGCGUGCCAUAGGAUCAUCGCGAAGGAUUUAUUGCAGUAAAAAAAAAAUGAAGUAGCUACCGUUGCGAUCGUAUACAGGUACAUUGCAUUCUUAUUGUAGCGCUACUUUGCAGCCCAAAGGUGGGGCACCC